AUGGCAUCUAAGAUCAUGGACUCCCUCGAGGUUGCCCCGAUCUCCAACUGGGACACUCAAGAUGAAGACCAAUGGGCCAAGGUUGUCCACACCCUUCGUGUGUCUGCACCGAGCUCCUAUUCUGAGGAGCGUGGCACUGUGUCAGGAGUUGAUUGCAUGGUUCGCGUCAUGCAGCAGAUCCUCGCCACCCUGCAUCGCAAGGACGCCCAGUGUUUGGUCCACAGACACCGCCAGCGCAACCUGCUGCUCAAUCUUGCCCAGCGCGAUCUCACGGCAACGACACCCGCGCAGAGGAAGAAUGUCCAGACGUCGAGACGCUUCGUUUGGCAGGCAUUAUGCAAGGCCAUCGUCGGCGCUCAGGGGACCCUGAGCUUCGAAAAGAUCGACCAGCACCCGUAUAUGCAAGAGAACAUCUGGCAGGACAUCGAAUUGCAGGCAUUUUACCCAUCGCUGAUCAAGCCGCGUGGGCAGGACCGCUUCUACGACCCGUCCCAGCUGGAGACAUCCCCUAGCGAUCUGGACAAGGUCCGCACAUCACAGAGUCUCUUCACGUGGGACACUAGUGUCCACAGAGACCUCACGGAUGUGUUUGAAGACUAUUUUCGCCAGACCGUCCACGAGGGGGAGCACGGCACUUACACGAUGAUGUUCAAGUUCCCGCAGAUUGCUCGGGUCUGCUUUGACCCCACGAAAAAGAAGCUUGAGUCCUUUUGCAUCCGAAACAUUUACCGAGUGUCCAUGAAGACAAGGGCUCAGAAGUGGGAGCCCGAGUCUGGCGGCGGCGGCAGAAUGACAGCCGUGUACUCAAAAACGGGAACCGUCAGGGUCUACUCGUUGAUCGCUGUCGUCCGCCUGCGGAAUGACGCCGAUGGGCAUGACUACGUCCGUCUCUACGACCCGCAAGGCCGGCCAGUCGUCCCCCAGGGCUCGGAGCCACAGUUUGCGUCAUUUUACAACGACAAGUGGUCUAUAAGUGAACAGGAUCACAAGUAUAUGUUGUACUUUGCGCCGAUUCUGGGCCCGCAGAAUAAAGUGCUGUCCGUCAGCAAGACCGCCAGCGAGGUGCCUCGGCCAAGAGACCCCCUCCCAGCAGGGCAGGUGCCGCCGGCGCAGCUCUUCGAGGAGUGGGCCAUCCACAAGGCGGCUGAGGUUGAGCAGGAGGCCAGGGCUGGACAUAGCACAGGCCAACCUCAUCAGCAGACCUCACGAGGAGACGAGCAUCAGCCAGAGCCAGGGACACGAGUGGUCCGGCCAAACGAACAUGACGAGCCCCCGAAAGCGCCCUCGCCGAAGCAGCGGGAGAAGAUGCCCAAGACGAGCGCUCAGAACCCUCUCCCAACGGGCAGCUCACAUUCCAAGCCGCCCAUGACAGCGGAGGAGCAGCUGCCCUUGAACCGAGAGAGCUCGAGCACGCGGCCGGGUGCGUCGCAGUCAUUCAGCUCGCUCCCACAGCCAAGCUCUGCCGCGGUCACCGGCAGGACCACGGGCCCCAGCUCGGUUGCGCCGUCCAGACGAGGCGACGUAGGCACGGAUGAGCAACCAUUGGUAUCAGACAGCGCCUCGUCGUCCCCAACAAAGCUGCCACAAGUGUCUGGUUCAACCAAGAUGGCGCGGACCACACCAGGCAGAAGGGCUGAAGGCAGCGAGGCAGGCCCACCCAAGGCGCCACAGGCGUCGGAGAAGGCCAAAUCUACAGACAAGGCUACCUCCAAGGCUACCGCCAAGGCUACCUCCGUAGGCAAAAAGUCCACGGGCCGUAAGUCCAACCGCUCUUCCCCUGAACCUGGGCUGAAGAAGCGGAAGAAGCAGGACUUGCCCAGCUAUAGCUCCAGCUUUGAGGAACAGGAGCGAGCCAAGGCAAGGGAUGCGAAGAAGCCGAGGGAGUCGGAGGAUAGGGGCAAGGGCAAGACGUGA